GUCAGUGUGCGUCGGGCUGUGGGGUUGUAGUCUGUUGGGGAGGCGGCGUUGUGUGGAGGUGCAAUGGUGGGCUCUAGCGAGUCUGGCAGCGAGCCGUGGCGGGGCCGGUACUACCGGCUGGAGGAGGUGCAGAAGCACAACAACAGCCAGAGUACCUGGAUCAUCCUGCACCACCGCAUCUACGAUCUCACUAAGUUUCUGGAUGAGCACCCAGGUGGUGAAGAGGUCCUCAGGGAGCAAGCUGGGGGAGAUGCUACCGAGAACUUUGAAGAUGUUGGCCAUUCCUCAGAUGCAAGGGCAAUGUCAGAAACCUUUAUUGUUGGGGAGCUUCACCCGGACGAUAGAGGGAAGCUUCAGAAACGAUCAGAACCUCUUAUUACCACUGUUCAGUCCAGUUCCAGUUCAUGGUCCAACUGGGUGAUCCCGGCAAUAGCAGCAAUCAUCGUGGCCCUGAUGUAUCGUUCCUACAUGUCAGAGUAAGCGCCUUACUGAGAGCUAAUGCAAGAAGAGAUUGAGCUGGGAGAGGACAUAAGCAAUCCUAAUCCAGUGUUUUUUCCAGAUAAAAGCCUGAUGUCUGAAGAAAAAAAAUCCACUUUUUCAGAAAACUGAACCAUUCUUUUCUGCUGUGCACUUUUCCUAAUGUUGCCUUCUUAUUUGCUGUUCUGAAGUGAUAAAAAGGCAGCAUUUCUCUUUUUGUAUAACAAUUGUACUCCCUAAUGAAUUACUUGAUAACUGUAUUAUUUUCUGUAUUAGAAUAUUGUUCUGUAGGUAACACUGAUAAUGGUUAUUUCUCUUUAGUCCGUAAUGGGAUCCAUAGGACCCCCCCUUUACAUGUAAGUUUUACAGCUUUAAAUAACUACCAAAACUGUGUACAGGUAUUUUUGUCCAUGUACACAACUUAACUUAAAAAAAAAACCAUGUUGUUGUCCUAAAUGUAGUAUGUUUGAAUGAAAUGCUAAUUAAACAUAAUGGAAAAAGCUGAGUGAGUAGUGGGUCUUGGUAGGGGCCCAACUGCUUACAGGCACCUAUCAGGCUAUAAUGAGCUGACUCUCCUUUCUUUCCUCUUGACAUCUGCUCUUACAGUUGUUGUAGGUACUCUACUAGCAAACUGUUCUGUUUGACUCCUAUUUAAAAAAAUCCCAAUGAAAUAUGCACCCCAAUGUUUGGCAUAAUUGUAUCUGUCUUGGUUUUGUGAAAAGUAGCUCUCUUGCAAAAAAAAAAAAGUCAGAAAAAUGUAACUGCUACUAAAUAAUGCUGUUCCUGCCAAGCACUCAGGUGACUCUGGAAUCUGUUCUGGAACUUUUAGGCUUUUUAUAAGAUCUUCAGCUUUGUCAUGUGCAUUGUGAUGGGGGAAAAACUGAUAAUGUGGAAUCUGUUUCUGACUGUUCUGUGAUGUACUCCUUGGUGCUUUACUAUGAAGAGAUUACUAUUUUCACUGCUCAAUACAAGAUAACUGAAAGUAUGCAUUUUGCGGUGAAUGUUUUUAGUCAUAUGUAAAUGAUUAUGAAUAAAAGUUUAAUUGCUUA